AUGCCAGUGACUACAGUUGAAAAAUUUAAGGGCAUCACUUCGAAGUUCAAUGAAAGAUGGAAUUUUCCUCAUGUCUUAGGAGCUAUCGACAGCAAGCACAUUAGAGUUAAGUACCCUGAACACAGCGGAUCGCAGUACUUUAAUUACAAAGGUUACUACUCAAUUGUUCUGCAGGCGCUGGUUGAAGCUGAUUAUAAGUUUAUUGUGAUUGACGUUGGGGGUUACGGACAACAAAGAGAUGGUGGUACAUUUCGAGCUUUAGACUUAUGCAUCAUAUUAGAGAAUGGCUCUCUUAAAAUACCAAAUCUUGAUAAGUUGCCUGACUCCAACAUAGUGCUACCUUAG